CUCGAUAGCAUCUGAUCCUUUAUCACAAUAAGUGGAUUAUCAAAAUUGGCAUUUGAUUUCUGCUCAACAUAUCAACAUUCAGUUAUGGGAUGCGCCUGGAGUGAACCAGAAAAAGUUCAGCAAGAUAAGAGUAAGGCUAUAGAGAAGCAAAUACGUCAGGAUGCAGAAAAGUCCAUGAAAGAAGUCAAACUUCUACUUCUUGGGGCCGGUGAAUGUGGAAAAUCAACGGUCUUAAAGCAGAUGAAAAUAAUUCAUGGUGAGGGUUACAAGGAAGAUGAAAGGAAAGAAUAUAAACCUAUAAUUUUUGCCAAUACUGUCCAGUCUAUGAUCAAAAUUUUGAAAGCUAUGGAGUCGCUGGAUAUAACGGCUGAAGACUUUGACCCUGCGGAAGAAUUAAAACAUUUGAAUGGAUAUCUAGCCACAGUCGAGGAGGGAGAUUUUCCCGAUGACUUAUCAAAGCUCUUACGGUCACUUUGGACCAACGCAAGUGUGCAGAAAUGCUUCAUACGCUCUAAGGAAUAUCAACUUAAUGAUUCAGCUGGUUAUUAUCUCGAUUCCUUAGAUAGAAUGUCAGCUCCCGAUUACCUACCAACUGAGCAGGAUGUCUUGAGAUCAAGAGUUAAAACGACAGGAAUAGUGGAAACGAACUUCCGUUUUAAAGACUUGGAUUUCAAAGUAUUUGAUGUUGGUGGACAACGUGCUGAACGUAAAAAAUGGUUGCAUUGUUUUGAAGGUGUAACAGCCAUCCUUUUUAUUGUUGCAAUGUCUGAAUAUGAUUUAAAACUUGCUGAAGAUCAAACUACAAAUCGUAUGCAUGAAUCAUUACAAUUAUUCGAUUCAAUAUGCAACAGUCAAUGGUUUGUUGAAACUAGUAUAAUUUUGUUUUUAAAUAAAAAAGAUUUAUUCGCUGAAAAAAUUGCCAGAUCACCGUUAACUGUUUGCUUCCCUGAGUAUACAGGUGGACAAACUUAUGAAGAGGCAUCAAAUUAUAUUCGUGAAAAAUUUGAAGAUGUUAAUCGUAGAAAAACAACGAAAACAAUUUAUACACAUUUUACUUGUGCUACAGACAAUAAUAAUAUUAGAGUUGUAUUCGAUGCUGUCAUAGAUGUGAUUAUUAAAUCAAAUUUAAAAGAUUGCGGUCUAUUUUAGAUAAUUUAAACAAGAAAAAAAAUAAACACCGACGUUUAAGGAAAUAACUAUGAUUCAACUAAUAGUUACUGAUACAAAACAGACAAAAAUCUUAAUUGUCAAAGUGAAUAUUUCUAAAUAUGACUUUGUUUCUUUCUUUUUUUGUCAACUGAUGCAUAUUGAACAUAUUGAACAGCUUCAGUAAAACAAAACAUGUCUACACGUACGUGACAGGUGUUUAACAUAUUUGUAUUAAAGUAAAAAUGUACACAUAAAAAUAGUGAAAUUUUAAUAAAGAAAGCCUAAUCUACUUCUCUGCAAUUUUAUUUUUUUUUUGUAUAAGCAAAAGCUUCUUUGUUUAUUUGUAUUAAAAGUAGAAAAGUAAUAUGGACUGUUCAAUGGUUUCAAUUGAAGUGUACUCUUCAAUUACAUUUGAAUUUUAGUAUUCUCUCUUUACUCUUCUUUUUUUGUGAUUAGCUCAAUCUGCCUACACAUACAGUAUGUUUUCUAGUUUAUGUUAUAAGAUUUACAGAAGUUAUGUUGAUUCAAACAAGUUGAUUAUGUUUUCACUGACAGAUUGAAUUCUUUUUCGAGUAUUCCGCCAUUGUUUUCUCUGUGUGUUAUCAUUAUCAUCAGGGGAUAGGAAGUUUUUGCUACGAGCUGGGUAUAUAUACAUAUAUAUAUAUCUCGUUGCUAAACACCUCAUUUUCUUUAUCCUUCUUUUUGUAUUUGAAAAUAAAGUACACUUAAUACAUAUAU